UCAAUAUGGCGGCGUUUUGAAAUAUGAACUAUGUUCGUCAACAACGAAAGUAGAGUUUACAUCUAGCUGCCACAAAUAGUCUUUAUUUGAUUAAACAUGAGUUCUUCAGACAUUAAGGAUUUAAUUGGACGACUAACCAACCAGAACAAUGAAAGUCAAAGAACAGGAUGCAAGAAAUGCGGCUACAGUGGUCACCUAACUUUUCAGUGUCGUAACUUUGUACGCGUUGACCCAAAGAAGGAUGUAGUGGUUGAUGUCAGUAGUACAUCCAGUGAGGAAGAGGACAGUGAUAAAGAAAUCAGCAUCAGCUCUACAACAACUCCUACUUCAUCUGAUUCAGACUCAAAAAGAAAAAAGUUGCAGAAGAGAAAAAUAGCAAAAGAAAGAUCCCAGUCUCUAGAGAGGGCCUUGAAACAAAGAGAUGUUCCUCGUCAGAGGGCUGCCUCAUAUUCACCACCUGCUUUAAAAAGAGCUAAGAGAAGUCAUUCAGUAACAACUGAUGAAAGUGACAAAAGUGAUGAUGAAUCUGAUAGUCAUAAAAGAAGAAGUAAAAAGACCAACAAACAUAAGAAAGAAAAGCCAAGGAGUAAACACAGAAAGAGCCACAAACACAAAGAAAAGAAGAAAAGGAAAAAGAGCAGAAAAAGACAUGAGACAACUUCAGAAUCUGAGUGAUGUUCUCUUAGGACUGUUUAACCUUAAUGUACAUGUGUAUAGAUAUUGAGGAUUUACACUGAAGUAGAGCAAAGAUCUGUGAGCAGUGGUGAAUGUUUAAGCCGUCUGUAUCAACCAUUUUUGUGUGGAUGUGCUUCUCCUCUAUUCUACAAGUAGUAUUUUAAAUAACUUUUAUAACAUUGCUCCAAUGUAGGUAAAAAAUGGUCUGUUUGACUUGUCCGACCAUCGAAGUGUAACAUCAAAAACCACAGUGGAUGUGAGCAAUAUUUGUUUCUUUAUGACUUUACUUCUUUCAAUGAUUUUGCACAUUUGUUUGUUUUUUCUUCAAAUCUAGAAUAUAAUUUUAUUUUCUUCCAUUCUCUUUUUUGCUUGUCUAAUAGUUUUUCUAAUCAGUGCAGAAACUAUACCACUUAACAAAUGGUAAACACCACAGCGUACACUAUUGAGUUGUGGAUGCAUGCAGGAGGUUGCUAAGCAUGA